AUGCUGUACAAGACGUUCUUAAUUAAAUGUAGCAGUGAACAAUGUAAUCUUACCAAGAUCAUUAUUCAUGACUCCCGAAACAACGAGAUUCUCAGACUCAGCGUCGCCCUCAGGACUGAGUACCGCAUGGGUAACUGGGUAUACCUGAACGUGAGCUACCCCGAGGACGACGAAUCCACGCAUCCCGAGGCCAGCAUCGCGCCCGUCAAGCAGUACCUGAGUCCCCGCCAGAUCACGGUGCUCGAGGGGGAGGACGUCAAGCUGCACUGUCUCUACGGCGGAUACCCCGUCCCAGAAAUCCGUUGGUGGCGGGAGAGCAGAGCCGACGUGGAGGACGACCAGCUGGAGCACUUCGGAAAGAUUCUCGUGCUUCAGGACGUGGACCGCGAGGACACGGGCUCCUACUACUGCCAGGCCUCCAACGAGGCGGGCGAGAGUGAGGCGCACCAGUUCACCGUCUACGUUGAAGCUGCCCCUGAAUUCAUAGUGGAGCCAGAGGUGGUGAACCUGCCUGAGGGCGAGACGGCGACGCUGAGCUGCGAGGCGAAGGGCGACCCCGAGCCGACCAUCACCUGGACCAAGAAUGGCCAGCCCAUGGACACCCACGAGACCACGCUGAUGUUCGACCGCCUGAGCUUCGCCGACAAGACCGUCAUCGCCUGCAACGCCUCCAACGAACAUGGCUACGUUUACAAGAGCGUUUACCUCAAUGUUCUGUCCCUCCCGCCCGAGUGGAUGACGGAGCCGAAGGAUGUGUACGUCCUCGAGGGCGGCUCGGCCGAGCUCGAGUGUGAGGCCUUCGGCUCGCCCGACCCCGAGAUCACCUGGGCGCGGCGCGACGGCGACGAGAAGACGAUCAUCCACGACGAGGACCCGCGCUACGAGGUCAAUGAACACCAGCUCCUGAUCAACACUGUCGAUGACACAACCGACGGCGCCUACGUGUGCACGGCCACGAACAAGUUUGCGUCCAUCGAGUCGGAGGCCGAAGUCGCCAUGCGAAGUAUGACGCAGGUGGAAGUGAGUAUCAAGGAUGAGCGAGUUGAGGCGGGAGAUCACGUGACCCUGGACUGCCGGGUGGCCAUCGACCCGCUGCUGAAGUCGUCUGUCACUUGGCUCAAGGAUAACGUGGAGAUUGACCUCAAGGACGACAAUUUCCACUUGGGGCAAAGGGCUGUUGAUGAGAGCAACGAUGACGACGACGACGACAAGCACAAGAUAGAGAAGUGGGUGCUGGAGAUCGAGGAGGUCCACGGCCACGACUCGGGCGUCUACACGUGCAGGGUGCACACUGACCUCGAUGACGUCACGGAUGACCUCAUUCUGACGGUAGAAGACGUCCCGAACCCGCCGAGCCUGACGAACGUGGAGUGCAACCCCCGCAGCGCCUACCUGGGCUGGGCCUCGACGGGCGAUAACAACGCCAAGCUUCAGGGCUUCGUGAUUCAGUACAGGACGCGGCUUCACCCGGAGUGGAAGGACGCCAAGAACCAGAUUCCGGCCGCGGAAACCUCUUUCACUCCUGCGAACAUGGUUGUUAUUUGCAUACCCAAAGACACUGGUGAUUUUGUAUCUCAUGUAUGUUUGCGAGGCACACGACCCCACCAGAGCACGAGGGGAACUGUGCCCUGGGUGUGGCUGCACGCUGUCAUUUCACCAUCGCCAGCUACCCAUACUAACCCCAUUCUAGUGAAAAGUCCUGGAAGACGAGAUAUAGAGUUAAUUGAGUUACACAUUCAGUGCGAGACCCACUCGACCACAGCAGUUCCAGCUGAUCGCUUCGACACUGAUGAGAAAGCUGUUGAUACAAUACUCUUUAAUAGUCUUUGCAUGAGCAGGCACAUCUUCCUGCAGGACUGUGACCUCUCAGCAAUUAAGUCAUAA